AUGCGCCAUGCGCAACGUCAGGACGAGGUGGAUGACAAUUGGACCGCUGCCGAGGCCGCUCGCCCAGGGGGCCGGCCCUGGGACCCUCCGCUCUCUUCCCCACACGGGCUGGCAGAAGCCGAAGCAGCCGCCGAAAAGCUAGCCGCGUGGGAAUGCAGCACAGGCGCACGCAUUGUGUCAGUGGUGACGUCACCCUUCCUCAGGUGCUUGCAGACCGCCUCAGCCGCCUGUCGCCGCCUGGGGCUGCAGCAGCUGCACCUUAGCUGGGAGUUCUCUGAGGCGUUGUGUCGGGUUGCAGGCAUUCCCAGCGGCCCACUGCCCACCUGGAUGUGGCCCCCUCCCCAGGGAGGAGCAACAACGGGACAAGGAACCCAGGCGCAGAUUACAGGAGGCAGUAGCAUCAGUUGCGCCGGCAGCGGUAGCAGCAGGGGAUUGACACACGAGGACUUUCUAGGGCAGCUGGGUGCAUUGGUGAUAGCAGCGCCGGCUGGCGGCGGAAGCGCGGCUCCCUCUGUGGCUGUCGAGACAGCAGCUGUAGCACGAGCCCAUCAGCUGCCCCAGCAGCAGGAGGGGCGUCACAUCGGAAGUAGCGGGGAAGCCGCGAGACCGCAGCGGCAGCUGGAGAAGCAAAAACGGGGUGAAGGAGCGGGAAGUAGUGGCGACGUGGAUGGCAUGGACGGCGCGGCAGCAGCAACGUUGAGAAGGGCUGGGAAGCUCCUGCCGGAGGCCCCAUCCUCCGCCUCCUCCUCCAGAAGCGGGACUGCGGAGGGGCAGGUCCUUCAGGGGUUGUGCGUUACGGUGCUGCCAGUGCGGUCGCUGCCGGGACGCACGUUAGCUGCAGCAGGCGGCAUUGCCCACGUCGGCCCCGCUGAGGGGCCUUGCCGCGGUGCGGUAGCACCGGACAGCGAAGUGGAAAUGGAGCGCCAGAGUCCUGAGACUCUUGAGGCCGCAUAUGAGCGAUAUCGGAGCGCACUGCAGUGCUUGAUGGCGACGGCGGCGGCAGCCGGCGGUGACAUCGCUGACGGAGGAAACGCCGUCGGCCAUGGCAAAGGCGGCGGCGGGGGUGACCUAGGCGCCCUGGCUGCUGCCAGUCUGGGCAACCCCGAAGCCGCCUUAUCCUCAGAGGCAGCUGUUGAGGAGCGGACCUGUGGGGUGCCGGGGGAUCUGGGGCCGUGGUCUGCAGUGUGGCAGGCGAGGCCUGCGAGGCGAACUCUCAAGGAUGUGGUUGGGACUGCCGCGGAAGCUGACAGCAACGACGACGCCGGCUGCAGGGGCGACUGCGCGGCAGCAGCUGCGGUACAGAACGGGCCGACGGUGACGGCAGUGGGCUCGAGAGCGCCAGGCAGCGGUACACCUGAUGAGGCCGCAGCCAGCACUAGCAGCCGUCCUGGCGGUGGUGAAGGUACAGAGAACGGCGUCACAUGCUGCGGUGAGGACCACGAUAGCUGUCCAAGUCUGCAAAGACAUCCCACCCCCCCUGUCAGUACUGCCCAAGACACGCCGCCGUACGUGUACAACGGUAUGCCAGGGACGGCCGUACUGGUCGUUACCCAUGGUGAUGCGGUGGCUUGCGCCGCGGCCACCGUGGCGCCGUGGGUACUGGUGUACGAAGUACGGCAUACGGGUUUUGUGGUUCUCGCCUCCGGGGAAAGGUGCGAGGAUCGAGGCAAGCUGUUUUGCUGCGGUGAUCACGCGAAUGUUGCCGCCGCUGAGCCAGGGCGGACGGAACCAGAAAGACCCGGGUCGGGGUCGGGACCGGGCGGACAGGACCGGCUGGGUCGGAGAAGCGGCGGCGUACAUGAUGCCGCCGCCUGGGAGCUCGUUCCGGACAUCCAGGGCAACCAGGGCGUAUUGUGGAUGUCAACUCUGGGCUAA